GCUCGUGUUUUUUUUUUUUUUUUUUUUCACUUUACUUACUCGAUUCCAGCUCUCUCACACUUCACAGUCGCCUCUGCAAAAAGUCGCUUUCUUCUUUAGCCGGAGAUAAUGGGAGAAGGGAAGGCCUCGACUCUUGUUUUUAUCCUCGUCGUCGCUCUUAGUUUAGUCGCCUUUGGCUUCUCCAUAGCCGCCGAACGCCGCCGCAGCAUCGGGAAAUCUAUCCAAGACCCAAUAACAAACGUAACGUUCUGCGUAUAUGACUCUGAUGUAGCCACUGGCUAUGGAGUUGGAGCUUUUCUUUUCCUCCUCUCUAGUGAAUCAUUGCUUAUGGGUGUUACCAAAUGCAUGUGUUUUGGUAGACCUUUAGCCCCUGGAAGUGACCGUGCUUGGUCUAUUAUCUAUUUCAUCUCUUCUUGGAUGGCAUUUCUGAUAGCAGAAGCUUGUGUAAUAGCAGGAGCAACCAAGAACGCAUACCACACUAAGUACUUAAGCGCUCAAACCUUCUCGUGUCAAUCUUUGCGUAAAGGGAUUUUCAUUGCAGGGGCAGUGUUUAUAGUCGCCACCAUGGUCCUUAAUGUCUACUACUACAUGUAUUUUACCAAGUCUGUCUCUUCACCACCUGCUCACAAAGCAAACCGUUCUGGUUCCCAUAUCGGUAUGGCCGGUUAUGCAUAAAUGUCCAAAGAAGAAAGCUGGUUUAGUCAUUUGUAGAUUUAAGAAAGAAAAGAAGCUGUUGCAUUGUUACAAUACUACUAUUUGUUUUGCUGGUUAUAUAUAUAUAUAUGUCUGCUUGGUUAUGAAAAUUUCCUGUUUUCUCUUUCAA